GCUCGAUCCCGGGGUAUCUGUUCACAGUUGUCUUGGGACGAUACUUGUGGUUCCCUCAGCCGAUAUUUAGUGCGAAACUACCAAAGUCAGCCCCUGGGAAUGCAGCAGGAAAAUGAGAGCCCUUCCCUUAAGAAAUAAACUGAUAGGGGAGUCGUAAACUGUUAGGCAACCAGCUAGUUCGGAGGCCGAGGCAGGACACCGUCUCAAAGACGCCGCCACUGCCGGGCGCACUUGCACUUGGUAAUAAGAAGGAGCGCGUAUGGUAGAGACCUAGACCCGGAGCUCUUGGCCCCCAAGCAGAUGGACGGAGGAAAGGAAAAGGAUUGAGGGGGAAAAUAUGGUGAAGGAAGAGAGGGAAACUGUUUAAAUGCUUGGUGACUUGCCGGAAGCUGAGAAGAGGCCAUUGUGGCGGUAGCAGAAGGUUUUGUGCAUACAAUCCUGUUUAUCUAUGAAAUGCAGUUAACAUAUCAGCUGGACUUAUUUCCUGAAUGCAGAGUGACUCUUCUCUUAUUUAAAGAUGUAAAAAAUGCUGGAGACUUGAGAAAAAAGGCCAUGGAAGGCACCAUUGAUGGUGCAUUGAUAAAUCCUUCAGUGAUUGUUGAUCCUUUUCAGAUACUUGUGGCAGCAAAUAAAGCAGUUCACCUCUACAAACUGGGAAAAAUGAAGACGAGAACUCUGUCUACUGAAAUUAUUUUCAACCUUUCCCCAAACAACAAUAUUUCAGAGGCUUUGAAAAAAUUUGGUAUCUCAGCAGAUAAUACUUCAAUUUUAAUUGUUUACGUCGAAGAGGGAGAAAAACAAGUAAAUCAAAAAUACCUAAUAUCUCAAGUAGAAGGUGACCAGAUUUCUCUGAAAAAUCUUCCUGAAAUAACGAAUAUUUCUGAAGUCAAGAAGAUAUAUAAAGUGUCUUCGCAAGAAGAAAAGAUUGGGACAUUAUUGGGUGGUAUCAUUAGUAGAAUGUCCACAAAAGAUGUUUUAUAAAAUGUUAGAAAUAUUAACAGAAAUUUUCACCUUUAAAUAAAACAUUGAUUU